CCAUACUUUGUUUGGGUCUUCAAGCUUGCAGUCGAGAAUUUUGGAAAGCUCUAUCCUGCAACACAACCCACAGAAGAUUGCAAACCUUCACCAUCAAUAGCGUGCAGGUCCUGCCCAUUUUUUCCUCGUUCUUGAUUGUCUCCGAAGCCUGUCCUUCCGGUGCCAAUAUCUGAACAUCGUCAUCAUGGCGACAGAACUCGAGGUUGACGCUGUUUUGUUCGACAUGGACGGCACGCUAAUCGACUCCACUCCGGCUGUGAACCAAACAUGGAAGGAAUGGAUCGACAAGUACAACCUUGACUUUGACUACGUGAUGUCACGAGCGCAUGGCUGCCGUACCGUCGAGAACUUGCGCAACUUAGUCGGCCUUUCAGAGGAUCAACUAGCGGACGGCACGAAAGCAUUCGAAGGCCGAAUCGCAGAGCUGGCAGCCGAAGCAAAGCAGACGAACGGUCCGGGGCAAAUUAUUUCACUGCCUGGUGCCCGUGAACUCCUCGCACAGAUCAACGCCGGCCGUGAAAAAGAUCCAGAACGACGAGCAGGUUGGGCUAUUGUCACUUCGGCGACGAAAGCAUACGCAUCAAAGGGAUUUGCUGCUUCCGGGGUGGCUAGCGCACCGCCCGAAGUGUUCGUGACGGCAGAUAUUGUGUCAAAGGGCAAGCCGGACCCAGAACCAUAUCUGCGAGGGGCAGAGCUGACAGGGUCAAACCCCAAAAGAUGCAUUGUUGUCGAGGAUGCACCGCCUGGUGUCGUGUCAGGCAAACGCGCCGGCGCCCAUGUCAUUGGCCUGCGGACCACACAUGACGGCGCCAAGCAAUGGGCGAAUGGCGCUGAUUUUGUGGUAGAAGACUUGCGGAAAGUCAGCGCAAGAUGGGAGGGAGGGGGAAAAGAUGCAAAGCUGUUCAUUCGUGUCGAGUCGGAGCCCAAGCCCCAUCAUGUUCUUUCGAACGGCACCGUCAACGGCAAGGCCCACUAAAUCCAUGCAGAGUAACUCUGUACCUCUUCAGGUUACGUAGAUUGCACUCUAAAGGAUUUGGCUUUGUUGUUGCUGUGAUUUCGCUUGGGCUUCAAAGGCAUUUGUCGUUUGAAGCUCUGCAUUGCGCGCCUCGAGCCAGGCGUUUCUCUCUGAUAAACGGGCGAGCAGCGCGAGGCAGUCCAUAUGAAAGCUCGUGGCUUCUUGGAUGAUAGCUGCUGCGCGAGAGCGCAAGGCUGCAACCUGCAUAGUCGCACCAUCUACCGGCUCAAUGCGGUCCACACAGAAAGCUGUCUGGCUGUUUGCGAGCUGAUUUCCAGGAGGCGUAGGGGAGGCUGAGCAGUGUGGGAAACCUGUCAGAUAGAGCUUCAUUCAAAGCGCUGGUCGCAGAUUCAUACCAGGCACAGGCAUCGAGCGAGAGAAAAGGGAGCAGGCUUCGCUUC